AUGGACGGUGCAACUCGCUUUCAAGCUCCCAGGCCGCCUCAGACCAAAAAUCGCACUUUGAAUACCGGUCAAAUCGCCACGCGUUGCCCUCAGACCCACCCUUUCUGGCUUGUCGAUGGAACAGCGGUAGCGGAAGGGAUACCAGCUGAUCAGCUAGAACCUGUUCAAUUCAACAUCUCCCAGAUCCCGCCUAAAAACCCCGAGGAAACUGAAGACUGCUUAUUCUUAGACGUCAUGGUGCCAACAAAAGCAUUCUCUUCCUCAAACCCACGCCCCAAUCCCACUGAAACUGGAGCGCCAGUCCUGGUUUGGAUUGACGGCGGAGGCUUUGCAGCUGGCUACAAGCAUGAGCAACCCCCAGCUGGUCUUGUGUCUCGAUCUCAACUGGUCGACGACAAAGGGUUCAUUUACGUGGCUAUGAACUACCGUGUUGGACUCUUUGGUUUCUUCCCAGCUGCAAUAGCUGGCCAAGGCCAGUCAAAUGUUGGACUUCUUGAUCAACGCCUCGCAUUGGACUGGGUUCAAAAAUACAUCCACCUGUUUGGAGGAGAUCCCUCACGAGUCACCAUAAUGGGCGAGUCAGCUGGAGGCGGAUCGGUCCUUCAUCAGAUCACUGCCUACGGAGGAUCAGAGCCCGUUCCUUUCCAACAAGCUAUUCUCCAGAGUCCUGGAUUUCAGCCCAACGCAAACCCGGGUUUCCAGGAACAGCUCAUCAAUUAUACCCUGACGAACGCUUCGGCGCUGACCAACAAGACUGUGGAGACGGUGGAUGAUCUCCGUAGCCUUUCGUUUGACGAGAUCACACUGUUGAAUAGCGUCAUCAUCGGCCGUUCGCCUUAUGGCACAUACACAUUCGGCCCUGUCGUUGAUGGCUCGUUUGUCCCCGAACUACCCGGGACCCUGAUUGGGCAGGGUCGUUUCGCAACCUCGCUCAAGGGGUUACUGAUGGGCACAAAUUUCAACGAAGGAGUUCUGUUCGACUCACCGUUCCUUAGAAACGAUAGCGACUACCGCGGAAAUGUUCGGUUAUUCUUCCCGAAAGCGACUGACGAAGUUGUUGAUUAUGUCGCGACUGUCCUCUAUCCAAAUGACUUGUCCGGCAAGUAUAACUACACGACACAACCGCUCCGGGCAGCUAUUACCACUGCAGAAGGCUGCUUCUUAUGCAACACUAGAUAUCUUGCCAAAGCACUUCCGAAUAUUGUAUUGACGCAGAUCUACAAGUAUCUAUUCGCAGUACCUCCAGCGAUACAUGCCGAUGACCUUGGGUAUUCGUUCUACAACGGGAACGGUAGCCUUACGUGGGAAGGCUUUCCAGUCAAAGAAAAGACUGCCCUGACGCUGCAAGACUACAUUGCUAGCUUUACCAUUACAGGGUCUCCAAACAACGGUUCAGUCGCGAAUUUACAUCCUGUAUUUCCGGCCUAUGGAGACGACGCGUUGGUUCUUGUUCUGAACGAAACAAAUUUGGGGGAGGUAAUCAUAGAUGCGCAGGCUAAUUCUCGUUGCGACUGGUGGCAGAAAGGCUUAUAUGUUUAG